AUGAAGUUUCCUAGUAUUUCAUAUGCUAAAUACGUUGAUCUGGAAAAUUUUGAAAAUAAUGUGACCAAAUGGGUGAAACUUAUUGAAGAAUCUCAACGCAUUGAUUUCAAUACGAUCAUCGAAUUAAUGAGAAAUCAUCACAAAAGCGAUUCAUGGUUUUCUAGCUUGAUCGGAUUUUUUUAUCAACAUGGUAUUGGAGGAUGUGUAAUUAAUGAAGAUAAGGCGUUAGAAUCAUAUUUACUAGCCGUUAAAAUCGAAAUUGAAGAAGGCUUGAAUCAUUUUAAUGAUGAUUUAAAAGAAAUUAAUAUCAUCAUUGGAAAAUAUUUAUUGGCAUUGUAUUAUUAUAAAGAAAUUAUUGAGAAAUAUAUUGCUAAAUAUGAAUUAUUUGUUGGCCCUGAAAUUGAAAUUGAGUGGAAAAUUGAUCUAUGUUCGAAUUGA